AUGACACAAAACAUUGAGCAGAUGAUCCGUGAGUGCAACACCUGUCAGCGCUUCCAGCGAGCAAACAGCAUAGAACCCCUGUUAAAAGUACCUCUUCCAAGUCUUCCCUGGCAAAAGCUCGGCAUCGAUUUCUUUCACUUCAGUGGCCAAACGUAUCCUUUUGUGAUUGACUAUUUCUCAAAGUAUGUGGAGAUCCAGCUCAUGAACACUACAACCAGCCAUGCGGUUGUCAAAGCGCCCAAGAAAAUUUAUGCACAGUUUGGGAUUCCCUUUGAGGUCGUUACAGACAAUGGCCCUCCUUUGGAUUCUGAGGCCUUUGCACAAUUCAGCAAGGAUUGGGAUGUUGUUCACACUACAUCAUCACCAUGCUACCCCAAAUCAAACGGCCAGGUGGAACGGUGUGUACAGACUGUCAAAAAUACUCUUCGGAAAGCAAUUGUAGAUGGCCAGGAUGUCGACCUCGCUAUUAUGAAUUACCGAGCCACGCCAUCCAAUCACUUGUCAGCACCUCCUGACAUGUUAAUGGGAAGGAAAAUCAGGACCUUGGUUCCCACAUAUCCAGCACUUUUAAAGCUAGCAUACCCUACCAGAAACCACUGUCUACGCUAUCGCUGA